CAACCGGUGGCCCCGCGCCCCCGCCGCUCACGCUGUCGGCUUCCAUCUUCGUGGUCGACGACAGCCGCAUAGCGGCGGCGGAGGAGAGCCGCGUCGGCCGCCUCAGUGAUCUUUCGACCCCGUCGGCGUCACUCUUGGCGCAGACGCCCUGCAGCUACGGCCCGCGGUACCGCAGCGGCACCAGCAGUGACGUGAACACGCCAAUAUGGACAACCAGCACACCGGCAUCGACACUGAUAUCGACGCUGCCAACGUUGGUGGCGCCGGCGAGGGCGGUCAGCCACCCUCUGUGCAUGUGCGGCGACGUGCCGUUCGACGAGACGGAGUCGCUGGAGGUGUCGUUGUUUUCUGCGGAGGCGCUGCACGAUAGCGCGACGAGCAGAUCAUCAGGCCAGUAG